AAUGUUUUUGGUUUAAACCAGCAAGCAGCUUGAAGGAUCAUCAACAACCAGGCCCCCGCUUCUGACGACCAUCUUCCUCACACCGUCCGCCGCACUGCAGAGCGUACGCUCACUGCCACGCAUCCCAUGUCAUCCAAUCCCAUGUACCAGCACAGGGCCCUGGGUCCAGCAGAUGCUCCGGUUUACAACUCUCGGGCACUCUCUGACACGUUGGAUCGGGUGAAGCAAGAGUUUGACGUGCUCGCAGGCGAGGUCAACGUGUCGCGAGAGCAGCGGGAACGAUACGAGGCCACGAUCACAGCUCAAGCCGACGAGCUGGAAAAGAUUCGGCAGGCAUUGCAUGAGCUCGAGGCCCAGCACAAUAAGGUCCGACAACAGUACGAAUACGAAUUACGGAUGCUUCGGUCCGAGACGCACAACGCUCGCCAGGCGCGCCCAUCCUCCGCCGUCACAGCACCGAUAAACUCGCCCAGUGUCUUCCUGGGCGGUUCCGCCGCUCAGUCUCCCGUAAUGGAUCCCCACUCGGAGAGACGCGACCGAGAAAGAGACAGGGAAAGAGACAGCCAGCGGGCUCGAUUCCUCGAUCAAGGAAACAGCAAACGAAUGAAGCUUGAUCAGCCCGAGGCGAGUCGACUGCCUCUGAUAGGACCUGGCUCGAGUCCGUCCUCCCGCCGCGCACCCACGCCUGCUUCACUGCCACUGCCACCACCUCUGCCCCCUCAACCCUCGGCGCAGGUUAUGAAUGAAUUCCUCGAUAAUUUAGAGCCGAUCUCGGUGCAUCCGGAGUUCAAGAAGGAAGGAAGUGACUGGUUCACCAUCUACAAUCCGAAGGUGAAGCGGGUGCUAGAUGUGAACCUUAUCCAUACAUUUGUUCACGAAACUGUUGUUUGCUGUAUUCACUUCUCUCAUGACGGCAAAUUUCUGGCCACAGGGUGCAACAGAACCGCACAGAUUUUUAGCGUGUUGACAGGGCAUCGGAUAUGUACGCUGGCAGAUGAGACUGCCAGCGAAACUGGGGAUCUUUACAUCCGAAGCGUGCGGUUCAGUCCAGAUGGCCGGUUCUUGGCGACGGGCGCAGAAGAUGAGCGGAUUCGAAUCUGGGAAGUUGACAAGCGAACCGUCCGCGCGGUUUUCGAGGGCCAUCGUCAAGAUAUCUAUUCGCUGCACUUCUCUCCUGAUGGGCGACGACUUGCCUCCGGGUCAGGCGACGGGACAGUCCGGAUCUGGAGCAUGGACACAUAUGAUAUUGAACGUGUUCUGACCGCAAGCCCCGAGCUUGACGCUAUCGAGGACGAAGGCGGUGUGAUGGCUGUCGCGUUCUCGCCAGAUGGGCAGAUGAUCGCUGCCGGAUGUGUCGACUCGCUUGUGCGCAUCUGGAGCGUGACCUCGGGCAAUCUCGUGGACAUUCUCCGCGGACAUAGCAGCAGCGUCCACAGUGUUGUGUUCACUAAAGACGGCGGAGGCCUCGUGAGCGGCGCCUUGGACAACUCAAUUCGUUGUUGGGAUCUGCGAGCCAAGUCGAAGAAGGAAGGCAUACCAUGCACUAUUUUCAACGGACACAAGGACUACGUGCUCUCUGUCCACCUUUCAAGAGACUCGCAAUGGAUUGUUUCGGGAUCCAAGGACCGUGGAGUCCAUUUUUGGAAUACGCAUGGAGUUGUCGAGGCAGUCUUGCAGGGCCACAAGAACUCUGUCAUCUCCACUAGUUUGCACCCAACCGCUAAUAUGUUUGCGACAGGUAGUGGAGAUAAACUCGCUAGAAUUUGGAGUUACACUCAACCGGCGUGAUCAUGUAUCUGAACAAUCCAAAAUAAUGUGCACCGUUUCUUUGUACUUACCUUGUGUUACUUACUUGCAUAUCGAUCCUCCUCUCUGGGCAUCCGUUGUAGAGCGCAUAUAUUCAAGCUGAAUUACUUGACAUUCGUAUCAGUUACCAUCCCGAGCUCCAUCGCAUCCUGUUCAGACAAAGGCUGCUUCGCGGACGCUGUCUCAUCAGGCGCUCCAAUUCCAAGAGGUCGGUACAAAAACGAUGCUGCAUACGUCAGCCCUCUCGCAGCGAGCCUAGUCCCGAUCCAUUGAGCUAGUGACACGCCGGGAACUAGUCCCAUCACAUCCUUGAUGUCCCAAAAGUCCCGAUGAUGUGUUAUCCGGCCUUGUUCAUUGAACGAAAGCCGCGUGAUGAUGUGUAGUUGAAAGUGCAAGGGCGAGGGAAUGGUCAGGGAUGUCCCUGGUAUACCCAAACCAGGUGCAGCGGGAUGCGAGGUAGGAAGCGAAUGCGAUGAGGGCCCCGGCGUUAGUAUGAGAGAUUCUGAUGGAGCCUGUAUUCGGUGUUGGCCAUCACGGUGGAUUCCUGGCAGGAUUAGCACGUUCAGA